GAGUACAAGAACAUACUACACGAACACGAAGCAACUGGUCCUAUUUCCACCAUGGCGAGUAACGGUCAGACUACUCUCCCUGUUCCGCAGGUACCCGUUCAGGACAGCGACAAGAAGCUUCUUGCAUCAAUCAAUUCAUUCGUCCACGAGUACAUGUCAAAAUACGACAACUCACACGACUACCAACACAUCCUGCGCGUCUUGUCCAACACCAACCAAAUAUUACAGACCGAGCUAAAGUCCAACCCCUCUGUGGCUUAUGACACCACUUCACUAUUCCUCGCCGCCCUUUUGCACGACGUUGGCGAUCACAAGUAUGCAAAAUCAGGCGAAGACAUCGAGAACCAAAUCUCCAAUACACUACUUCAACACGGCGCAUCAAUUGAACUGGCCCAAAAGGUCCAGAUCAUUGUAAAGAACGUUUCCUAUACGAACGAGGUUCGCGACCCUGCUCGCGUCACUUCAGUGGUUGGGCGGUAUCCGGAGCUCGCUAUCGUGCAAGACGCCGAUCGCCUCGACGCCAUUGGUGCCGUUGGAAUAGCGCGAUGCUUCUCUUUUGGUGCAGCAAAGAUCCCCGGGCAGCCCAUGGACAGAGCGGUCAGCCAUUUUGGCGAAAAGUUAUACAAUCUCGCAGGAAUGAUGAAGACAACUACUGGUAAAGAAAUGGCGAGGAGAAGACAUGAUGUCCUAAAACAAUUUGCAAAGGAAUGGGAAGAGGAAACACGCUUGAACUUUGAGCUACAUUGAUUAGCAUGGAGUGAAUUAAGCUUUCAUUACACGAUGGCAAAUCAGUCAUUCCAAAAUACUGAAGGUGGAAUUGGACUGGAAGCCACUCCACCAUGCUCACCUUAUAGUCCGACAGCAGACCUUCGUGAUGCGAAUAGACUCUAGCUCUGACGAUCGCUCGGAAUCCAUGUUUGUCCUUGGUAUCACACCACUUUGAAACUCGCGCAUCUUGACCGAUGAAUGCAGACGGGUCGAAUGAUAUGCAAGACACCAUCGUACAAUGUUGGCCGGGUAUUGCGGCACUAGGCCCAGUGUCUACCAGAAAUCUCUGAGAUCGCGUCCAACGAGAAUAGAGUCAAGUGCAGACGGGAAAGGCCUGGAAGUAGAGCGAUUCAAUCAAACGUGUUACUAGA